AUGCAUACAUCAGCAAGCUCGUCUAUUACCCAGGGCGCAGCCCCUACGACCUGGCGGGCAUUCUGCGCCCCGAGUGCCAAGCGCGUCAGGCACCCCCAGAGUACCACCUUCGCGCUAGGCUCUGCCGCAGGACCGCCCCACUUUGCGGGACCGCCAGGAGAUAUGGCUCACGUCCGGAGGGCACUCACUAAUGCUCUGAUCGCUUGGGCCGCCAUGAGAUUCCCUCCCCCUCCGGAGACGCUAGGAUGGAGUGAGCCCACCCACAGCACCUAUGGAACUUUUGCUUCUUUUGAUUACGUCAGUAGUACAUGCGAGCACUUCUCAAUGCUCUCACAGUUUUCUUGGAUGCUCUCACGGCACGGCGAAUUUUCUCACGGCAACGUGAAUGCUCCUGCGAAUACUCCCACGAAUGCUCCCGCGAAUGCUCCCGCGAAUGCUCCCGCGAAUGCUCCCGCCAGUGCUUCCGCGAGUGCUCCCAGAGCACUCACCAAUGCUCACAGAGUUGAGGCAUUCGUCAUACUCACUCAAGGUGAAUUAACCCUCACUUAG